AUGGGCAAAGCAGAAGUCGGCUCAACCAAAUACCUCUCCAACAAGAUGAAGCAAAAAGGCCUCACGCGCCUCCGCUGGUUCUGCCAAAUCUGCGAAAAGGCCUGCAGAGACGAGAACGCCUUCAAGAUGCACUGCCAGUCCGAAUCGCACACCCGGCGCGCGCUGUCUGUAGGGCAAAACAUCAAGCAAGUCACCGACGAUUACUCCCGUGCGUUCCAACAAGAGUUCAUCUCCCUUCUCAAGACGAGCCAUGGAGAAAAGGAGAUUCACGCGAAUAAAUUCUAUCAGGAGGUGAUUGCAAAGAAGGAUCAUGUUCAUUUGAAUGCGACGAGGGAGAUGGCUGUUUUGAAGGGGCAGAUUGAACGCGCUAGGAGGGAGGCGGAGGAGAGGGGGGUGGAUUUGGAGGGGGAGAGGGAAAAAGAGUUGAGGAGGGAGGAGGGGGAGAGGAUUAAGUUGAGUUUUGGGAAGAAGGGUGAGAGUACGACACCGACGCCGACGCCGGGGAGUGGGGGGGAAGAGAAGGUUGAGGGGAAGGACCAGGCGGAGAAGAAGGAUGGGGAGAAGAAGGAGGGGGAGAUAAAGGAGGGGGAGGGUAAGCUUGCUGAGGGGGCGGCGGCGGCGGCACCACCGGCGAAGGUGUCGUUGAAGUUUGGGGUUAAGCCACCGGCGGCGAAGAAUGUGUUCAGGAACGCGCUUGCUGGGGCGCCCAAGAAGGUCAUGGUUGCGCAGCCGAAGAAGAUGAGUGCUGGGGAGAGGAUCAUGAUGGAGGAGCUUGAGAGGAAGAGAGCGCGGGAGUCGAGGGGCAGUGGCGGUGAUGCUCCUAGUAAAAGACCGCGGUUUUAA